CACUCCCCACUUUAUUACUUCUUCCAAACUCAUCCUCAAAAGUUCCAAAAACCCUGUGGUAAAAACCAAAACCCUUCAAAAAAUUUCAACAAGCACCACAAUCCGUAAAGAUGAGAGGAUUCUCAGUGAUACUACGUCGUUUGAUUGGUUGCAGACCAUCCAUAUCAUCAGGACGACGUUCUUCUGAAUUAGGUCAAACGUUAAUGGUUUCAUCAGCAGCCACAGUAUCGUACUCUACAGUUACUCUAUUUGAGAAGCCUAAUUUACUUUCUGGAUCCCCAAUUGCCGCAACCCUUUUGCCUGAUUUGCAGUCUCUUCAGGUUCUCAAUCAUUCUAGAAACUUCUCCGCUCCAUCUUCCUCAGGUCCAUCGAAUAUUGUAUCAAUUGAGUCUGAAGAGCAGUUCAAUACUUCACUUCGCAAAGUACAAGAUGAGUCUUUGCCUGCAAUAUUCUACUUUACUGCUGUCUGGUGUGGGCCCUGUAGGCUGCUAUCUCCUGUAAUUGGCCAAUUGAGUGAGAAAUAUCCUCAUGUGACCACAUAUAAAGUUGACAUUGACAAGGAGGGGCUUGGAAAUGCAUUGAGCAAGUUGGACAUUCACUCUGUGCCUACAUUGCACUUCUUUCAAAAUGGUAAAAAAACCUCUGAAGUUAUUGGUGCUGAUGUUCAACGCUUGAAAGAUACCAUGGAGGAGCUCUACAAGUGAUAUUUUAACUUUCCAGCAUUUCGAA